AUGAAAGACCUAGGCAAACUUAAAUACUUUCUUGGCAUUGAAGUGGCUCGUAGUGAGGCUGGUUUCUUUCUCUCGCAGGGAAAGUAUGCAUUGGAUAUUAUUGCAGAAACUGGUCUCUUAGGCUGCAAGCCUGCUCCAACACCUGUUGAACAGAAUCAUGGUCUUGCUGUUGCCACUGGUCCUUCCGCUGAUGUUCCUCGCUAUCGUCGUCUCGUGGGCCCUCUCAUCUAUCUUGCUAACACUCGUCCUGAACUUGGCUACAUUAUUCAGCUCUUAGCAUCGUUUAUGCACAAACCGCUUCAAGCUCAUUGGGAGGCUGCUCUUCAUGUGGUUCGAUACCUAAACGGUUGUCCUGGUCAAGGCAUUUUGCUAAGCUCCAGUCCUAAUCUCCGUGUCUCUUCGUUUUGUGACGCUGACCACUCUGGUUGUCCACUUACUCGCCGUUCUCUCAGUGCUUACAUUGUUUUUAUUGGCGACUCACCAAUUCAUUGGAAGACAAAGAAGCAGAAAACAAUCUCUCGUUCCUCUGCAGAUGCGGAAUAUCGCGCUAUGUCCGACACCCUGUGUGAGCUCAAAUGGUUUAAGGAGCUUGCCGAGUCUCUUUGUGUCUCUCAUUCCGGCCCCAUGCAUUUGUUUUGUGAUAGCAAGUCGGCCAUUUAUAUAGCCUCCAAUCCUGUCUUUCACGAAAGGACAAAGCAUAUUGAGUCCGACUGUCACCAGGUUCGGGAUGCUGUUCUCGAUAAGUUUAUUUUCUUGGAACAUGUCUCAUCUCGCACUCAGCUUGCUGAUAUACUGACAAAGCCUCUGCCGGGACCCCAGUUUCAUGACUUGCUCUCCAAGCUGGGUAUUCGCAAUCUCACACUUCCAGCUUGCAGGAGGGUAUCAAGAUAA